AUGCGGUCGUUACGCUUGAAUGGUUUUAUGAAGAGUAUUGGGAACUUUCUCAAAUACCUUCUCAGACAAGGACUCAAGGCGCUUGUGUCCGGUCAACAGGGGAUACCCUCUCCUUCUUUACACCUGGUCCCACCUGUGCUAUUUCCAAAGUUUUUUAUGUCCUCUUUACAGAAAAUGGACAGAAACACAACAGUUGAAAGCCUAUUUCCUUUAAGCAAGAAUUACAACAUCAGUGACUUAGAGCUGGAGGAUAACGUUACGUACAACACUUCUAGAAACAAUGAUUUUCCAACGGAAUUCUUAGUUACUUUAGUUGUUGCUACGUUAAUACUCAUAACUGGAGUGAUUGGAAACAGUUUUACAAUUAUGUUAGUUAUUGUGAAAAGAAACUUACACACGCCAACAUACACCGCCAUAGCUUGUCUUGGAAUUGCUGACCUCCUAGCAUCCUGUUCCCGAUUCGUUUUACAUUUGAACCAAUAUUUUGACUUUUUAAAUUCGAUGGAAAUUACAGUAUAUGGCAUUAUUACUUUGUUUUUCCUACAUGCAGCAAAUUUCCAUGUAGUUUUAUUUGCAUAUUUGCGUUGUAAAUUAAUUUCGUCCCCACUUCAUAGCAUUGGAAUUACGUGUCGAAAGGUUUUGAAAAUUUCCAUCGUUAUUUGGAUAGCAGGUGGUGUUGUGACGUCAGCCUACGGUACAAUAAUGAUACUUGAAAUCAAAAGUAUUGUUUCACUUGAAGACAGUUUGCUCACUGAAAUUAUAUUCUGGUCUUAUACUUACUUUUUGCCAUUAUUCCUCAUAGUUUACUUUCAUGUUAGAAAAAUAAGAACGAUGAAGCAACAUAAAUCCGAAACAACAAGAACACCGCGUUAUACACAUAUGUCUAAGUCAAUGUCUUUUAUGUUUAUUAUCAUCAUUGCCAUAUUUGUCAUCAGUACAACUCCAUCAUAUGUGCAUGUCAUCAUACAAUACAUAUGCUGGAAAGAAAAUUACCAUUCAAUUACCGGUAUUUGCAUGCAUUAUCCUUUUUCAUUAAGCUAUUCAAUCUCCUACAUUUGCGUCAUGUUAAAUAAUUGCAUAAAUCCAAUAAUUUAUUUCAUGUUUUCCCCUCCUGUCCGAAAGUUUCUGAACCGUUGUUUGUCGAUUCAGAGAUAAUUUAUUAUCAGGUGAGACAGACUUAAGCUGAAAAGACGCGUUUUCUUAUACUUACGUAUACCUCUCAAGAGAUACUUUAGGCGAUAACAGCAUAAUGGAUACUACUGUAUCAUGGCACUAAUCUAGUUUAAUGAAUUCAAUUUUUAACCCUUUUAGUAGAUAUAUGUAGGUUAUUCCAAAAGAUGUAUAUGAGUAAACAUACAUGUGGACGUAAAUAGUACGUGUGUCAUAAUUCCCUUUGAGAAUGACAAAGACUCCUAAAUAUGACAAACUCUGAAGACGGAUCUGAUAUUCUACUGUCAAAAUUACAAAAAAUUAAUGGAUUGAAAAAUAGUAUAUAACGCCGUAACAAUAACAGUUUACAGAUAUACUGACUCAAUUCAUUUUAGAAUAGAUGCUAGAUUUACUAAAAGCUAAUAAUUUUUAUAUAAGCUUGAAAUAAUAUUGAGCAUGGCAUUGCUGAAAUCUCUAACUAAACACAGCACCAGAAAUAUACCUCUACAUGAAAUGUACUCUUCCAAACAAUCCAAAAUAUUCUUGAUUGAAAUCAAAUUCAUGAACUUGAUUUGUUUCCGUUUGCAAUAAGUAGUCCUAAUCAUGGACUCGGUACAGUGUAUUAAUAUUCAAAUAUUUGAAAAUGUACAUGCUUACAUCGCAGCAACCAAACGUUUUACACUUUACACUGUACGUUACUUCUGUCAACAUUUCCUAAACGGUACAACAUUGUAAUUUUUUUUCUACUCUUUUUCUUGUUUCUUUUUAAAUAUGUUUGUCUUUUUAUUUUCAUACCUAAAUAUU